UGCUGUGAACUCUGGGUAAUGAAGUGUUUCUAUGUUGUUGUGCACUCAUGUAUCAGGUUAGCUUUUAACGCUCCGAACUCUAACAGCAGUAGAUGAACAGUCACAAUGAUGAAGGGAAAGACGGUGAUAGUGACUGGAGCCAACAGCGGGAUCGGGAAGGCCACCGCAGCGGGGAUAGUGAAGCUCCAGGGCCGUGUGAUCAUGGCCUGUCGGGACCUGAGCAGGGCUGAGCAGGCGGCCCGGGAGAUCCGAGAGGAGACCGGUGCAGACAGUUCACAGCUGGUCCUCAAACAGCUGGACCUGGCCUCGCUCACAUCUGUACACACUUUCUGUCAGGACAUAAUGAAGGAGGAGCCUCGGUUGGAUGUUCUGAUCAACAACGCUGGGAUCUACCAGUGUCCCUACACCAGGACAGAGGACGGCUUCGAGAUGCAGUUUGGGGUCAACCACCUGGGCCACUUCCUGCUCACCCACCUACUGCUGGACCUCCUGAAACGAUCCGCUCCCAGCCGCGUGGUGGUGGUCUCCUCCAAACUCUAUAAGCACGGACACAUUAACUUCGAGGACCUGAAUAGCGAGCACGCCUACGACAAGGCGUUCGCCUACAGCCGCAGCAAACUGGCCAACCUGCUGUUCACCUGCGAGCUGGCCCAGCGGCUGGAGGGCAGCGGGGUGACGGUGAACGCUCUGACUCCAGGCAUAGUGAGGACUAACCUGGGGAGGCACGUUCACAUCCCAGUGUUAGCUAAGCCCCUGUUCAGCCUGCUCUCCCGGGGCCUGUUCAAGAGCCCGGAGGAAGGAGCUAAGACCUCAGUGUAUCUGGCCUGCAGCCCAGAGGUGGACGGCGUGCAGGGACAGUGCUUCGCUGAUUGUCAGCCUCAGGUCCUGCUGGACAAGGCCACAGACCGGGACGUGGCCAGUAAACUGUGGGACAUCAGUGAAGUCAUGGUGGGCAUCACCAUGUGAGAUCAAACAGUAUAUCCUCAGGGUUAUCAUGACAGAGACACGUCCAUUAUCUGAAAUCAUAAAAAUCAUAAAUAUUCAGUUCCCGCUCUGGUCAGAAGAAGAAUGAUUCUUUCUCCUCCAUCAAGGUCAGAUCACAGCUGUAAUGUCAGUUGUGGUUUACUACAGUCACACUGGUCUGGUUGCCAUGGUAUCACCUGACAACAAUUGACAUGGCUGCAGGUCAAAGCAGGGAGCUGACUGACACUCUUCAUCUUUACCUGGUGACCAGCAGUUUGUUCUAAUAUAGAAUAAAUACAGAUUCUGAACCAGUGAUUGGACCCUAUAUGACCGCAGUGCCUCCUCCCAAAGCUGAAAAGUUUGUGUCAAUUCAAAUUUGAGAAUUUUUGUAUUUUAUUUUUGUGUUUUGAUUUUGAUCAACUUGAUUGAAGAGUUUCCUGUCAUUGCUUCAUUUCAGUGCAGCAGUGUGUCGAUCUGUGUAAGAGACAGACUGAAAUAAAGUCAU